AGUUCUCUACCAUGUGGAUAUCAGGCAUACAGGGACUAACCCUGCUUGGUUGUUGGUGUGUAAUCUUCUUGACCGAUUCCGUCACCAGCUUAACCGAACAACGACGCUUCGCCCUUCCUGGCCGCCGUCCAGCAAUGAGACAGUUGGUGGUGCAAUGUCCUACACCGUACUUUGUCAACGGUGAGGUGAAAAUUCGAAACCGAGGUCGUAUGGUACGGUUCGAUUGUUCAUACGGGUUUAAGCUGGUGGGCAAUCGGUACUCCAACUGCCAAAAUGGACGCUGGGACACCACCACACCAGUUUGUGUGAAGUCCGGAUGUGAUAUGCUGCCGGAGGUCGCUUCCGGUUACGUGCUGUACGAGAUGAACAAAGCGUCUGCGUGGCUUUCAUGCUUUGACGGAACGGAACUGGCCGGAUCACGGAAUACGUACUGCAAUGGAACGCACUGGGAUCGUCCGUUGGGUGUUUGCCGUCGAACGGGUCAGUCAACGGCUACAGCGUGCGACUUUGAGGCGGAAUCACUGUGCGGCUGGUCGAACGAUGCACUACACGACUUUGAUUGGAAACGAAGCGAUGGCACGCUAAACCCACGAGCACUCCGAACCGGUCCCAAGUACGAUCAUACCACGAUGCAACCGAAGGCAGGACACUUUAUGAUCGUCGAUUCGGGCGAACAGUUAACGAACGAUACGGCACGUUUCAUUUCGCCCAUGUUCGAACCGGAACUUAGCAUCGGGGCGUGUUUUCAAUUCUACUAUCACAUGUACGGCGAAUCGGUUGGUACACUGAACGUGUACGUAAAACCGAUGACCAGCGAUCUGUACGAUGUGAAGCCGGUGUUUGUGCUGCAGGGAAAUCAGAAAAACAUUUGGCACGAAGGACACGUGGAGGUCGCACAGCAAACGGAACGGUUUCAGAUCAUCAUCGAAGCAAGCCUUGGACUGCGGUACAAAAGUGACAUUGCGAUCGACGAUGUGAGCCUGCUGCAGGGUGACAGCUGUCGGGUGGCAGUUGAAGAUAGUGAAGAUCCACCAUCGGAAGCGGAAAACUUGCCGGUGAAGAUUGAUUCGUGCGAGAACCGGUGCGGGAGUAGUAUGGCAGCUGUGUUAAAUGCUAGUGAUACGAUUGUGCACUGCGAUUGUCACGAGGAUUGUGUGACUGGUGAGACCUGCUGUCCAGACUAUCGAGAACGGUGCGUUUUUGAAGUUGGUGGAAUAGUAGUUAGUAACGCUAGUACGACGACUACUGUGCCUAUGACGUCUACAACAACGACCACUGUACCAGCGACUUCUAGUACCGCACGUUCUACGGCUAGUAGUACAACGAAGCAAACAACGGUUACUACCACUACUUCUACUACAACGACUACAACUACUGCUAAACCGACGACUACGCCGACGACAACGACGACAACGCCAAGAACAACGACAACAUCAACUGCUGCCACAUCCACCACGAAGAGAUACAAUCUACGUCCAUCAAGACCCAGCUUUGUCCCAAUGACCAAUAGACCUCGGAUAACUACUACUACCACCACAACUGUUGCCACAACAUCAACCACAACUGCGCCCUACUCUCCCGCUACGUCCACAACGAAAAACCCCAUCACUACCACCCAAUCCGAUAUAGUGUUCCAACCAACAACGGAAUCCACAACAGAAGAGGUGAUCGUGCCCGAUUUAACCAUCAAAUUGACAGUCGAGAAGCUGCGCGAAGCGCCCAACUUGAUAAAGUUUUUUAUCUACGCCCUAUCCACAGUAACGUUUUUCGUGUGCAUCCUAAGUGUAACGUACUUUUACGCCCGAAAAUCACGCACCAGUGUGUUGGCCCGGUUGAAGGAGAAAUCGCAAAAGAGUGGCUUUGAGGAUAUCCGCUUUUUGGCUGGCGAGGAAGAUUUAGAUUUCAACAUUGGCCAUGGAGGAGAAGCAGAGGAGGAAGAGGAGGAAGGUGGAACGAAAAAUCCCAAAUCGACGAAGGAAGUGAAGCAAACAACGGAAGCGAAACGUGUGUCCAAGAAGGACGCCAAAACGGAUGCGGUGCAAACACAAAAACAAACACCGAUUGCACAUGUUCGCAAUGGAGAUGAGGACACCGAUAAUGAUGACUCUUCGGAUGAUGAAAGUGGUAGUGCGAAAAGAAGCCACUCAAAGGCAAACAAAAAACCGUAUCAGAAGUAUGUAAAAUACCAUGACGAGGAUAUGGAAUCGACCUUACUGUGAGGAGC